GUUUAGCGUAACUCUUCGCUCGUUCAUCUGUCGUAAUUCAGUCCAUUUUUAGGUAUUUCGGUUCUCGUAUCCAUCUGCGUCUCAUAAUUCUCGUUUCGUCUGUCUGUGUGCUCGUGCCCGUCGGUUGUAUCGUCAUCUGCCCGUCCUACCUCUCUCUUCGCCUCUUCUCGCAAAUUCUACGAAAAUCAUUAAUCUUUUGUGAACCUUCCUACUACACAACGCCGAGUGACAAAUAGACUUCAACACCCAGUGGCAAAUAGACGUAAAAAGUACAAGUGUAGAUAACUACUAUAACUCCAAACAACUCUAGACAACUCUCAUAACAAACUACUACAACUACUAUUACAAAAAAUAGAAAAAGAAAAACACGAAAAGGAUGCCGUCCACGCCGUCCAAGAAACUCACUGGCAUGCCAGCGGCAAUGCGGGCGCCCAAGGUAGCCGCUGCCAAGGCUGCCAAAGACGCAGUUCGUGAAGCCGAGAAGUCACAAGCAUUGGCGGAUAUGGUAGCAGCAUCGAAAAAGAAUAAGUUUGAUCCUCCUGAUGUUGAUCAAAUGGAUGUUGACGAAGUAGAUCCACCUAGUAGUGCGGAAUGCAGCAGUAAACAGAAAAACAACAACAACAACGACAGCGAGUUAGUAUUCGUAAACUACUAUGAAGUUCUUGGUGUUGCGCCAAAUCCUGGUCUCCGAGUGAUGCAACAAGCCUACGAAAAGAAGCUACUGUUGUCGCAUCCAGCUAAUGCUGAUGUUAUGGUCGGCUUUCAUCCCACUCAGCAUCUUGACCCCCUUUUCCCCUGCAUUUUUCCCAGCAAAUCCAAGGGCUUGGGUAUCAAGAUGGGGGGGACCCAGAUGCAUUCUAGCACACGCUAAUGAUGGGGGGGACGCGGAACUUUUCGCCUUGGUCACCGAAGCGCAUGACUGUUUGCUUAAGUUAAGAGCACGCGGGACUGAACUAUGCGGUACAACUUUUAUUAUAGAUAGAUGGGUGAUCUACUUGAUUUUGUUGAGUUUGUUCUAAGAAGUUAGUCCCAUAUGCGUGAAGUUGUCUAUGUAUCGACUUCUUUGCCAAGAACGCAAUUCAUCUGAGACCAUGCAGGUUGCUUGUUGCAGUGGUACACUAUGUUCAAUCGCUCAGAAAUCGACCAUGAACAUGAGUUACGUGGAAACUUCUAGAGGGACGAGCUAGCGCUAAUCCCAAGUACGUCAGCUCGAGAGGCCUAUGACAGGCGAUGGGCUGCGGAGUUGUCUGCGUGGCGUCUUUCUUACCUAGAAAACUUACCAGGAGUCGUUUGGAAGCGAGGGAAAGAUCGGGAAGCGAUAUGCGACGAUAAACAAGGUGUGAAUGGGCAUAGUACUAGGAUGAGCAACUGCCUAGAACUAGAAGAUGGAGAAGAUCAGGACCCUGCUGAAAAAAAUGCGAAAAGUUAAGGUUUUGUUUGCUGAAAAGUGAAGAUGACGUUAGGUGAAAAAUGAUGUGUAACAUCAGCUUUGUAGGAAGCAUGGAGCUAUAGAUCUCCUCGUUCUCGACCUUCGACCAGUUCUGCCACAAUAGAGCCUCAUACCAGUACUCUCUAAACGAAGCCCCGCAUCUCUCCAUCUUUUGUCGAAGAAGCAAGUGGCGACGUAGUCGAUGGGCUUGGCCUUCUAGAUGGAGACGAUUUUGAUGGCCUAGAGGACAACGAUAUGUUGUUAGAGCAAGGCGAAGAACCUAUGGAGCAACUACCUGUGGACGCUAUGGACGAGGAGGAGGAACAAGAGGAUGAUAGUGAUGUCAUUCAAUUGCGCAAUUUGUUCGACGUUUACCUUUCGCGCAAGCCAGCGGAGCAAGCGCUCUAUCUCCAGAAGGCAACACUGCGUGUCCGAGUCCUCUUUGAGGCGCAUAAAAGUUAAGAACUGCUCCAUGAUCUUCUGAUGUAGAAAAUUGGGUUUCUGUUCAUUCACUUCAAUGCAGUAUUGUUGUUCUGCUCUAAAUGAAAUAUCGUAGUGUAACAUAACCGAAAUCCAGACUCACAUCAGCCACCGCAUUCACAUGAUGGCUUCACAUUCCCUUUCCCACUCACACAGCGUCUUUUGCGAAAGUCUAGUGCUCCUUCUACGAGUGUGCUAUUCUUCUUCUAAUCCCUAGCCCCCUUAGCCGACCACGCGGGGUUUAUUGCCAAUUUACGCGACGUCCGCACAGAGCGUAUGAAGGCGCAGCUGAAGUUGUCUAGUCAAAAAGCCUUGCUGGGACGUAAACAAGAGGUGUUGCGGACAUACGAUUAAGGCUAAAAAAUAAAUACCAUUCAUUUCUACAAGUCAUUUUUUUCUUGCCGUCCUUUCCUUCGUUCUUAGGAUCGUAAGGCAUGGUGCAUGCAAGAAAUGAAUUGGGUUGAGCUCUAACGCGAGGCUGGAUGUAAAGCGUUUGAUAAGGUCGAGCCAGGAAAAUUACUAGUUCCCGUAGCAAAGCAAACGACCUUGGAGUACAAGGAUGAAGAGCUCAGAGCACUGAAAAGCUUCACUGCCUUGAAGCGUUGCGGCAACGAUCAGCAAGGAGGAGUCCUGUGUCAGAGCGUAAUCCAUGCAUUAGCUGGUGGAAAUGUUGAGUCUUCUUCCUCUUCUUCGUCCAGCAGUUCUUCUGGUACCGCUUUGAGAUCAAAGAACUCAGAACAUCUUGCUGCUGGCAAAAAUAUUGGACAACUACUAAAGGGAAAGACCAUUAUUUCAUCUUCCGGCGCGCACAAGGAACAUUUUGGAGGUAGAAAAAAAUCACCGCAAAAAUCAUUGCAAAAAGUAUCUCAAAAAGCAACUGCAGGAGGAGGCGCAAGUAGUAGUACUAGUAGUAGUUCUUUCCUUUUUACAAGGCAGGGCUACGAGCAAGUGCCGGCAAUGAUGGUCGCGCCAACGUUCGCCCUCGCCAAAAAAAUGGAGGACGACGGCUACUUACAGACAGCUUCGACGCUGAAGAAUGGAGUUACAGGCGCAUCGAUUGAGCCACUAGAAGACGAGAUGGCCAGUCGCUUGGAGGCACUGAAAAAUGGCAGAAUUGGACUGAAUAAUCUCAAGAAGAACUACUACAAGACCAGUGCGUCCACUAGUGGAAAGAACAAGCGAACAGUGACGUUUGCCUUAGAGGACGGGCAAGGUCAAGAGGAGGCGAUAUCUUGGAACACAGAUAGCAUGGCUGGUCCUUCUUUAGGCUUGCUUGACGGUGAAGCAGGAGCAACUGAAAAUCUUCACACAGCUCUUGUUCGUCCACAACAAGGUGGUAAAAGAGCAGAAGUAGGACAGGAGGAGGAAGGCGCGUUGGUGCUGGAAGAAGUAGGAAAGUCUAGCAGCAAGAAAGCAGGCGACAACAUGAUCCUAGUGCCGGUGGCGGAAGGUAAGCUGAGGGCAUGCUCCAAAUACACAGGGCAAUUGCUAACUCGAUAUCGCAGCGUGUCCAGCUUACAGUGUUAAGAAACCCACAAGGAUUCGAACUUCUUUGCGACGUCUAUUGGUGAUUUUCUUGUACCGCUAAUGUUACUAGUUUACAGGUUCUCUAGCAGGUAAAAGUAUUUGAAUUGCCUUAGCAAUACAUCAGUCGUAUUCUCUUUUCCAAUCUCCUUCCGCUAAGAAAGUAAUGUCUAAUGUUUUCAGACUAUAUCAGAGCCAGAGGUAGUCUUCUGUGCCUUGGCUUUGCCCUUCUCUAACACGAUGGGCCUCGCUUACGCGUUUCUGCCACAGGGUUCGAACAGGCUACGAAGUCGCCUCAAGAGUGCUAUGAAAAAAAUACUGCUUUCCGCAAAAUCAUGGUAAAGAUGAAAGAAGCCGUCAAAAGCCUCAUUAACGACCCAAAACGAAAAACAGACGUCAUCCCAAAAGAAGAAUUAUGGCUCGAGUUGUUUCGCUGAUCAUUUCUAUCUGUCAGUCUGUAAUUGAUUACGAAAUACUUGCGUUUGAGAGGAUUCUACUCUAUACGCGCGGACUGUCUUCUGGUGAGUCCCUACUUUCGGGCUUCUAGUCGGCAAAAAACCCUAGACAAAACGCAAAAGCUAGAUCUUUCUAGAUCUACUUUCUAAGAAGGGUAGAAGCUGUCUGGUCGGACGUGCGUAUGGCACUCGAAGCCUUGGGACUGCUAUUACCUGUGCCGGAACCAACAACUACUAGUCUUACGAUUAAAAAUACGACGGCCACGGCUUCUACUACAGGAAAAAAGAUGAAUAAGAAAGAAGCGGCUUCUUCUUUAUCAACUUCUUCUUCAUCAUCGUCAAAAAAGGCUACCGCUGCUAGUACAUCGUCAUCAUCGUCAAAAAAGGGCACUAGUUCAACCAAGAAGACCACAACCACAGACAAAACCUCGUCUUCUACGGAGUCUGCUGAGAUCAAGAUUUGUUUUAUUACGGCUCACAAUAAUUCAUCUUGGGAAGCAUCUUUGGCCCCUCUUUUAAGGUGAUAAAACGUCAAAGGUGCACUGCAAGAUGAAUAUGGGCGAGGUCUAAUAUUACUGUGUCUAUGUCGCCACAGGGUGCUUCCGCGCUCUGUCAUCAUAGAGCGGAUUGGCGAGAAGAGUUUGUUUGGUCUACCGAAAACUUUGUGCAAGCAUUUUGUUAUGAUCAAAUAUCGUAGAAAUUCGAAUCAAUCAAGAACACUGCGUCGUUAUAAAUAGACCUCUGUCCUCUCUGGUGACUACCACCAGGUGAGCCUUAAUACACUUUCCUUCGUAGUUCUCUUCUAAUGCCCGUGGUUGUACUGUCCUUCUCGUUCUUCUCUUCUAAUUCCUGUGGUCUCGUAUUGAAGCGGAAGACAUGUUAGAUAUCUUGUCCAUGCACGAUGAGGAGUUCGUCCCCAACUUGAUCCCGGCUGACCGCAUCCGUCGAAGAACUUUACGCGAAAGUCGAGAAAAAGAAGCCGUGUCAGCUGCGAUCUAUAAUGAAGUACUAUUUGAUUUGUGAAAUUAGAGGUACAAAAAUUAACAAGAGCAUGAUGAUGCAAAGUUUGGAAAAAGUGACUAUAACCUCCUCCCAUAAAUAAAACAGAAAGAUAGUGGUUUCCCCUUAUUUUCUCUUAGAGGUGUGCUGCAAAUCUUGAUUGGCUUUCACCUUUUAGGUGAAGGUUUAGGUCCCGCGACGCUCAAAGCACUAAGUAAAACAACCGGUUAGUUUUCACCUCUACAAACUUAGGCUUAUCCCGUGCAACAAUAAGGAAGUACUAAGUAUUUAACUUGUGAAAUUGAGGACUGAACCCUGACCACUGAACCCCCUGAAGAAUAGCUAAAAACUAACUACAACAGGCCUUAAAUCGCAAUCGCGUGAAAGCUGGCUUGAGGCCGUUUUUAUAUAACGCUUACGAACGAUGCUUGCAGGGUCAGGACAAGCAGAACCCGUUCUUCGAAAAUGAUGGACCUGCAUUUGCUCUAGACCGUUCAAAACUGCAACUGGAAGUAGCAGCGCGCUUAGGUCUGAACGAGGACGACGAGCUUGAUUUUGACCAACCACAUGCUACGGCUCAACAUGAAGAAUGUGAUGAUGAUGAGAUAGUUGAGCAGAAAGUUGUAAACACUACAUCUACCGCAGAGACACGCGGCGGUAAAAAGGCGCAGACGACUGAUGAGAAAAAGAGUAAGAAUAGGGCGAAGGUUGACAAGAAGAAGGUUAAGGGUACCGCUGCAGCUUCCUCAACAUUAUCCUUGGCUCUUUUUCUACUUGAAAAGGAAGCCAAGGAUGCUCUCAGGGAUGCGACCGCGGUAGCUCUAAGAAGGGCCCUGUAUCACUAGAAAGAAAGAAUGGAGCUCCUGAACGUGAACCCCCACAAGAUCAUGGAGACGCCCAUGAAGGACUCGUUGCGCGCGCAGCGACUGGAGUUGGUGGCUUUCGACAUGAAAAACGAUGGAUCCCGAUAGACUCGAGCACAUACGCUUCUAGGCUGGUUUUCGAUUUAAGGCUCAAUAUCUUAAUUGAAUUAUCUUAAAUUAAGAAGUAUCUUAAUUGACACUGCAGGAUCCAGAACCUAACCUAACCUUUCUAAUUUCGGCUGUUUCUUUUUUUUUCCAUGCAUUCUUGUUAAUGGGAUUGUUUAUUACGACUGACAGGAGAUCGAUAUUAAUCGGUGAGCAAGGGAACGCCUAGAUGCCCGGGAUUCUACACUGAGCAGAUUGAUAAGUGAAUAACAGUGAAAAAAUGAAGUGUCGUGAGCUCAAUGUAUGGUGAAGAAUGAUGUGAUGAUGUCGUGAGCUCUAAUCUAUGAAAAGACAGGAAAGUUUGCAGAGGUCUUACCUGACGCAGAGGACCCGUUUUGCCUGAAGAAAAUGGGUCUAGGCGGUGCCGGAGUGGUUGCCGCCCGAGAAGAGCUAAAAGAUUUGGCGAAGGAACUUGUAGUUUUAAAAAGUAGUACAGCUGCAACAGGAACAGCAUCUUCGUCUAUGAAAAAUAGAGCGACGACAAGAACUUUUCAUGGUGGUACAGCAACAUCUUCGACUGCGAUGAAAAAGGCGACAGCCGCAAGUAGCAAUAGUAGUGCAUCGUCGAAAGCAAAGGGCCAGGCGAUGGCGAAAACGAAAAAGACUGUUAAGAUUCUUGGGUUUCUCAAAAAAGGAAUUAUAGGUGCUCAUUUACUCUGGUUUUUCAAUAAUAGGAAUAUGCACUAAUUCUUCUAUGUAGUCUAUCCUCUCAUAUCCACUAUUUAAUCUAACGAAUUCUUUUGACAAAGUAGUAGACCAUGAUAGAUACUCCAACAUCACUCAAAUCUAAUGACAGCGGAAAGAAAAAGAAAACGACGGGAAAAGGGAAGAAAGUUCUAGGAUGGUCUUCGGAUGAGGACUAG